AGCAUCCCCAACUCUGGUCACAAGUAUUACCUGCAGUUCACUACCGAAGACUACGAAAGCGGGGAAAAUGCUGGGAGCUGCCUUGCUACAGUGUUGUAUUCCAAGACAAAGUCUCCGCCUGUUGUCAAUAUCAAGUGCACGCGUACCAAAGACCAGAAGCAAAUCCAAGAAGAGGACAACAGACUUUACCAAAAAAUUAGGCGCCAAACCAAACCAAUAAUUGGAAACAAUAUUCCAGACAGCUACGGCAAUAUUGAACCUGCCCUGGAGCCGGCAUGGACUUUGGCUGUUGCCGGCAGCAGUUACAUCAUGUGGGAAAAGUCAACAGAGAACCUGGGCUACUUCAUGGCACAAGUCAAGUCUGUGAAGCAGUGGAUGAGGAAAGAUGAUUUUAUUGAGUUUGACUACACUGUCCUACUCCAUGAAAUUCCAACACAGGAAAUUAUUCCUUGUCACAUGCGCCUCACUUGGCUUCCUGGUCACCCUAUGAAAGUGAAAUACUUCUGUGCUUCGGAGAAUCAGGGGCUCGAAGACGGAUCUGGAAUGGAAUCUGGAUCAGCUGCUGGGAUUUUACAUGAAAGGGGAGCAAAUUUUUAA